CUAUCUCUCUCUCUAUCUAUCUCUAUUCUCUCUUACCACAUGUACACACAAACACACAAUUAUAUGUAUAUAAUAGAUACAGAUAUCUGUAUGUAUAUAUAGUAGGCGUCUGAGAUAAGAAAAAAAAAAAGGAGUCGAAAAAAUUAAGGUCUGAGGAUGGGUUCUAAUGCGGCGCUUGCAAGAAGGGCUUUGCUUACGAAUACCCCUGUUAUGGUUGAGAUACAGGAGCUGAUCCGAGGGAGGAAGAACUGUGUUUCUUUGGCUCAGGGCGUCGUGUAUUGGCAGCCGCCGAAAGAGGCGUUAGAAAAAGUCCGAGAGCUUGUAUGGGAGCCCUCAAUCAGCCGGUAUGGCGGCGACGAGGGCCUUCCCGAGCUAAGGGAGGCAUUGACAGAAAAGUUGCGUCGCGAGAACAAUUUGCAUAAGUCGUCUGUAAUGGUGACUGCCGGGGCGAAUCAGGCGUUUGUGAACAUUGUUCUUACAUUAUGCGAUCCCGGGGAUUCGGUUGUCAUGUUCGCGCCAUACUACUUCAAUUCUUACAUGUCGUUCCAAAUGACGGGAGUGACGGACAUUUUCGUCGGGCCCGGCGAUUCGAAGACCCUCCAUCCCGACGCAGAUUGGUUAGAAGAGAAACUACUCCAAAGUAAGCCGACCCCGAAGCUCGUUACCGUUGUAAAUCCAGGAAACCCGUCGGGAACUUACAUUCCCGAACCGCUCCUUAAGCGGAUAUCGGAUCUUUGUAAGAAUGCCGGAUGUUGGCUUGUGAUCGACAAUACAUACGAGUACUUCAUGUACGACGGUCGAAGACAUGUAUGUAUCGAGGACAACCACAUCGUCAAUAUUUUUUCCUUCUCGAAGGCCUACGGCAUGAUGGGAUGGCGAGUCGGAUAUAUCGCGUAUCCAUCGGAGGUGAAAGGCUUCGCGGAGCAACUCCUCAAAAUCCAAGACAACAUCCCGAUAUGCGCGGCGAUAAUUAGCCAACGCCUCGCGCUCCAUUCUCUCGAGAUGGGUCCGAAUUGGGUGACCGAUCGGGUGAAGGACCUCGUGAAGAACCGGGAGCUUCUAAUGGACGCGCUUUCCCCAUUGGGAAUAGAUGCGGUGAAAGGCGGCGAAGGCGCAAUCUAUUUGUGGGCGAAGCUUCCGGAGGCGUACAAAGACGACGACUUUGAAGUCGUGCGCUGGCUGGUGAAAAAGCACGGCGUCGUUGUGAUUCCGGGAAGCUCGAGCGGGUGCGGCGGGUACGUUAGGAUCUCGUUCGGAGGGCUGCCGGAAAAUGAGUGCCGGGCGGCGGCGGAGCGGCUGAAGAGAGGGCUGGAGCAGCUGGUGGAGGAAGGGAUGGUACCUUAGAGAAAGAAAGAUAUAUAUAUAUAUAUAUAUAUAUUUGAAGUAUUUGUGAAUGAAUCUAUAUAUCUAUGGUCCAAUUGUGGUUUUGGAGUGAAUACUAAUUGAGACAAAAGUGAUUUUGAUUAUGAUUUACUAUACAAGAUGAACAGUUGAAUCAAUAAGAAUUUCUGUUUAUAUGUA